GUUUCGACGGUCGUCGACGUGGCCUGAGAAAUGUGAUGUGGUGCGCAGGAAUCGUCUGAUUCAAUAUAUACGCAUUGAAAUGGCUUGAGCCACGUGUCUCCAGGUCUGUGUCGGAGAUUUUUCGGAUUUAUUUGAGAGUUGAGAGUUGAGUCAAGUUGAAUUGUCAACAUUUUGGUGCCGAAACUGCCCGGGAAUAUUUACUGAGUUGUUCUUUCCCGUUUCCAGUCUGAUAUCGAGUAUGGCGGAGAUAGAGCGCUUGAAGCGUUCGAGGAACGCCGCCCGAGGGUGGCUGAAUCGUGCAGGCGAGUCCCUGAGCGCCGCGCUGACAAGCAAAGAUGCAAAGCAAAGUGACGCACAGACAAGCAAAGAUGUGGAUCUUUUUGAACUGGAAACCAUGCUUGCUCUCUUUGAUAGGAGGAUGUGUAACUUUGAAGCCGCGCAGGCGGCUCUUGAGUCGGAACAAUCUGAGGAGGACACCCUGUCCGACCAGUCUUCAGGGUCGUUGGACCAGUUGAUCAUGUUGAGAGCGAGGGCCAUGAAACUGCUGGCAGUCCACCAAGCAGCACCAGCUUCUGGUGCUGGGAUCCGAGGUGAGACCCCCAAGCUACCGAGGUUGGACCUGCCCCGUUUCUCUGGAAAACCCCAAGAUUGGCCUGCAUUUUGGGAGGCGUUUUGUGUCGCAGUACAUGAUUCGAAGUUAGCAGAUGUCACAAAGCUCACCUAUCUGAGAACGUUGCUGGAUGGUGAGGCGAAGAGAUGCGUGGAGGGGCUCGCAUUGAGUAGCGAGAGUUACAAGAUAACAUGUGAUCUUCUGCAAGAGCGGUUUGGACGCAAGGAUUUAAUAAUAUUUUCUCAUGUGCAAGCUCUCCUCAACCUUGAUCCUAUUCCUUUGGACAAGCUCCGUGACCUAGUAGAUAUCCUCCUCAUCCACAUCAGAAGCCUGGAAGCCCUCGGCAUUACAGGAGAGUCCUAUGGUGUCCUUCUAAAUCCUAUCAUCCUUUCCCGACUACCCAAUGCUGUCCGCCUGGAGUGGGCCCGUGAAGCCGAAGAGAAGGAGGCUGAUCUUGAUCAUCUCAUCGGGUUCCUGACGAGGGAGGUGGAGCGGCGAGGUCGCUCUGGUGUCUACGUGGGACUGGCUGGUGCUGGAGCAUCAUCUUCAUCUUCACGAGCCAGUGGUGCCGGCGCUUCUUCACGGGCUGGUGGUGCCGGAGUCUCCGCUCGGGCUGGCAGUGCCGGCGGUUCUUCAUCUUCGAGAGGUGGGGGCAGCCACCCUGCUGUCACUAGCCGGCGCUCGUCUGUGUACACGGAGGCGCGGGGCACCGGCCCUGGUCUACCCUCCGGGGCAGCUCUGCACUCAUCUGAGCUUAAGUGCUCUUUCUGCGAACCUCAGAGCUGUGGCGGUUCCAGCCAUAUGUGCCCCCCUCGCGCGUCCACUUCUGCCGGCCUCUGUUCUGGAUCAGCUUGAUGGUGUAGU